AUGGCGCGGCAAUUGUUCAUUCACUUUUUGUUCAAGUUGAUCUUUGAGCCCACUUUUGAGCGGCCCGUAGGCUUCCAUAAAUGUCUGCAUUCUGGAUUUCAUUUCACUUUCAGUUGGAACAGCCUCCGUACUAAUCACUUCGGCCGCCUCGUCAAUAGCCUUUUUGGCCGCAGCCUUGACCUGAGUUUGAGUUGCUUCAUCAAACUUUUGAACGGCUCCUGGAAGUUUUUCGACCGCUUCUUUAAAUGGUUGUUUGAUGUUUUCCGUAAACUUCUUUCCAAGACCCUGAACCUCUUUCUGCACUACGCCGAUCGCAGUGUCAACGGCUUGGGCGGGGCUUUCAUUUUGGCCGAUGGUGUUAGUUGCACUUGUAAGCUGACUCUCAAGCGUCUUUGCUUUAUCCAAAGCACCGUGAACGUUUUUGCUGAGGUUUGUAAGACCAUCGCCGAUGAACCAUUCAACUUCGUCGCCGGCCUUCCAGGCGGUGGAGGCGAGGACUGGGAGGAUUCGUCGGACGGCGGAGAUAAGAUGUGUAUGGAUAUCAUGUUUGGGCUUCAUGUUAGUGAUGAACUUCUUUGCUGUCCAUAG